AUGUCUAUUAAACAAGACCUUUUGCAGCUUUUAAAGCCAUAUUAUCUGGUAAAUAUAAUCCUUAGUUUAUCCUUUAUGGUGUUGAAAAGGAUUCCUGGGGUUUGUAACUAUAUAUUCAAUACAGACAACUGCGAAUUUGAUGGGAAAGAAACGGAAAUAUUAUUCUUCCUCCUUAUAGUGGUAGUAAUGAGGACCAGAAAAGCAGGAAGUGUUAAUAUGAUAAGCUAUUUGUCCUCUAGUUUCAUUUACACAAAAAUUGCUAAUUUAAUUUUAUGGUUUAACGCUGAUUAUUUAAUGGGAAUUCUUUAUGGAGUUUUGUUUAUUUUGGGUGCUUUAUUGGUACCAGAACCUACCUAUGCAGGGCCUAGUAAUGUGAUUUACUUCCGAGGUGAACAAGGAUUAACAGAACAAAUUGCGUCAGAUAAGGCCACUUGGUUAAUCGCAUUCUACACAGUUUGGAAUCCAGCUUGUGUUAAUUUUGCACCAGUUUUUUCCAAACUGAGCAUUGAUUAUGGUCUAGAAAAUUUAAAAUUUGGAAAAAUUGAUAUUGGAAGGUACCCCGAAGCAGGCCAAAAAUAUCAUGUGAGCGACAGUAGUUUGAGCAAACAGUUACCAACAAUUAUAUUGUUCCAAGAAGGAAAAGAAGCAAUGAGAAGACCUAUGGCUGAUACCAAAGGAAAGUUAAUUAAAUUCCUAUUCUCAGAAGAGAAUAUUAAAUUGGCAUUUGGUUUGAAUAAUUUGUAUGAAAAAACAAAAAGUGAAGUCAAAGACAGCAAUCAAAUUGGUAAUAAAGACAAAAAGAAUAAAUAG